AUGUCCCUCUUAUUAAUAUAUGCAAGAGAGAAACCGUAUGCAACAAUUGCAAAACCUGCAGCAGAAAAAUAUGGUUCAGCAUUAGCUGAAUUAGCUAGGAAUAUUGAUAAUACAAUAAAAAAAUUGCGCAUUGAAGCAUCCGUAAGAAAAAAUUUUAAACGACAAUUGAAGUUCACUCUUGGUAAUAAUACGGUAACUCUCUCCGAUAUGCAUUCUAUUAAGUUAAAUAAUAAUGAACUUGAGCAACUUCCAUUUCAAACUACUGAUUUAACUAUUCGUCAAGCAACAUCUCAUUUCAUUUUAAUCGAAUCGCAAGACAUGCAUAUUGCUUAUGAUGGAAAUGCUGUUUAUAUUACAUUAGAAUCAUUCUAUCGAGAACGUAUUCGUGGUCUUUGUGGAUCAUUUGAUUACAAUCAAGAUAAUGAUUUACGUUUACCAAAUGGCAAAUUAACAUGUGACACGCAUAUUUUUAGUCGAGCUUAUUUAAUUAAUGAGAGUAUGUCCAGCAGCAGUUCAGAAGUAGAUGUACCAGAAAAAUUCGAUCGAGAAAAAGCUGAACAACUUUGUCAUCAAAUAAGAGAUAAUGUUUGUAAAUCUGGUGCAUAUGUUCAUGGACUUCUUCUGUCUUGUAUCGAAGAUCAACGUUUUAUACGAAUUACUAUCAACAGUCGGGCUUCUUGUUAUUGGCAUUCAAUAUUUGCUCAUGCAUGUGCUUUGAUUGGUUAUGAUCUACCACGACGGUAUACAAAAUGGCGAGAUGAAUGUCAAUCAGUUUUCGGUCAAUGUGGUGCUGGAACUAUAUAUGAAGAAUGUCCUUAUUCAUGUUUAAACACCUGUUCGGAUAGAGAUGAUGAACAUGAAUUAAAUUCUGUGUGUAGACAACAAUGUCUUGCUGGUUGUGUCUGUACUAAAAAUAAUUAUUACGAUACAAAUCAAAACAGACGUGACCCUUUAAAAUGUAGCAAAGAAUCAGAAUGUUCAUGUUUUGAUGAACAAACAAAGUCAUAUCAUAAACCUGGUUCAAUUAUUAAACAUGGUCAAUGUUCAACUUGUAUUUGUCUACGUGGUCAAUUUCAUUGUAAUAGCAACAAAUGUAACAAAUCGAAAAUUAUUUGUCCUAAUAAUUUAAUAUUCACGGAAACAAGUUUGGCUUCAUGUCCAAAAACAUGCUCGAACCAUUUAAUAUGGAAAAAUUGUCAUAAAUAUCGAUCAGGAUGUGAUUGCCCAGCAAAUAUGAUUCGCGAUGAAAACACAAAUAGAUGUGUAUUUUCUAAACAUUGUUCAUGUAAACUAAAUGAUAAAAUAUUUCCGUAUGGUUCGAAGAUUACUCAAGAUUGUAAUGAAUGUACAUGUGUAUCAGGACAAUGGUCAUGUACAGAAGUGGAUUGUUCACGUACCUGUAGUAUUUUACGAAAUACCCAUUAUACAACAUUUAGUGGACAAUAUUUGAGAAUUAAUAGUGGUUCAUGCGAAUAUACUGCAGCUCGAUUAAAACAUGAUGCAAAAAAAUUUACUCUCAUAUUGAGUAAUAAUGUAACCAGUGAGCAUGAUCAUUCAUUACAAAGUCGUUUGACUAUCGACGGAACACACAUUUCAUUGGUAUCUGAUAAACCCAUUCUUGUUAAUGAUACAGCUCUUACAAUAUUAACAGCAUCACCCUUACGUUAUUCAUCAUUUACUAUUUAUAAAGCUGGAUUAUUUGUCAUCAUUAAAGGAACUCAUUUUAUUGUUAGAUGGGAUUUUGGUAAUCGAAUUUAUUUAACCAUUGGUAAUAAAUGGAAAAGAAGAUUAGAUGGUGUCUGUAGUGCACAUGGUCAUCCUAGCAAAGGCUUUAUUAUAAAAAAGGAGAAAUAUACAAAUGUAUGGAAAGUCAAUAAUAAAUGUAAAGUUGAAAUGAAUAAAGCAAAUGAUGAUGAAGAAAAAUGGAGAUGGGCUCAUAAUAUAUGCGUUAAUAUUUUGAAUGAUAGCUCAUCAACAAAAAAUCCAUUUUCUUCUUGUUUGAAUAAAUUCAGCCAAGAACGUCGAAAAACUUUAUAUGACCAAUGUAUGGAAGAAACAUGCGGUUGUGUAAUUGAUGGUUAUGAUUGCCCUAACCUUUGCUCAUGGUUUGCUUCUUUGUCAGAACUCUGUUGUAAAGAAGCUCAUUCAAUUGAGCAUUGGCGAAAUGAUGAAUUUUGUCCUUUGGCAUGUGAAGAAAAUGAAGAAUACAAAUCAUGUGGAACAUUAUGUCAAAAAACUUGUAAUGAUCUAGAUACUACAUCCAUGGCGAAAUGUUACAAUGAUACAUAUAAUGAAGGAUGUUAUUGCAAAGAAGGUUAUGUACUUAACGACAACGGUGAUUGUGUUAAACCAGCAGAAUGUUCAGAAAAAACAACUAAACGACCAAGAUCGAGUGUUCCUUCGUCAAAGGGAUCUAAAACUACUGAGAAACCAUCUUCGACAAAGAAACCAUCAGUUGUUACCGGUAAGUUCUGAUAUAAAAUGAAUCAAUUAAAUUUAUUCUAUUUUUUGAAUUCCAAAUUGAGUCACUCCCCAGAUAUGUACGAGAACAAUUUAUUCGUGUGGUUCUGGUACGGGUCUGAUUUUGGUCAUUAUCUUGUCAACUUUGAUCUAUAUCCCUGCGUGCUCUUCAUUGUCACUUAGAGAAAUCUACUGAACAACUGAUUCGUAUUAAAUCUAAAAAGGUCUUCGCAAAAGCUUGUUUUGAUAAGGAUGACUGAUGUCCUUCUUCCUCCCCUUCCCCCCCCCCCGCCACCCACUUAGUGUGCAUCUAGGUAGACAUUUGACUAAAAAUUAAAAAAUUGAGCUCUUUCAAAGUUUAAGAAUAGGGAAAUAUAUUUCGAAAUACUCCCCUCCCCCCUUUAAUAAAAGAUCCGGGGUCUUCUGUUAUGUUCAGGCGAAAAAACUUUUUAGGGGGUGUUAAAUGAUGUCUCUUGUAUUUUUAUAAUUUUUAAUUAACAAGGGUUUCUUAGAAAAACGAAGUGAUUUUGAAGAUUUGAGAACAAAUUUUCACGAUUUUCAAAGCUCGAAUGUGGUAUUGAACUCACCGAUUUGAAAUUUUCAGCUCAAAACUCCUCAAACAGGACAUGUUUGACUGCAAAAUCAUUAAUUAAAGUUCUCAGUUUUCAAAAAAAUCAUCAGUUAAAUGGAGGGUCUUCCAUAAAGUUGGACAAAUUUUUUUCUGAAAGGAGUCUUCUAUUAUGGGGGAUUCUUUUAUUAUGGGCGGGGGGGGGAGGACUAUAGUCUAUCUAAUGGUAUAAAUAACUUCGCUACACACAUCCAAGAAACUGACAAACCAGUUGCUCAAAAAUGAGCCUGAAACUCGUGAUGUCACAGAGGAAACUUGAUAUCUGACUAAAAUUAGCUGUUCGACAGACCAUAGAAUACAUUUUCUGAAUCUUCAAGCCGAGCUCUAUAUAGUGGAAAAAAUAUUUUUUCUCAUUUGCACGUUUUAUUUUUGGGAAAAAAUAAUACGUUUUUUAUAGUGUUGUUCAAACGGCUAGAACCGUGAAAUGAGCAAUGCAGCCAUAUGCAACCUCUGAAGCUUUCCAAAUUUUGUUAGAAUCUUCUUCUAUCUACUGUCUCUAAUCAGAGAUGAGCACAGGACAGGACAGUGCGGUCGUCCUGUGUCCUGUCCUGCCGCUCGGCAAGACGAGGGUUGAUGGUGCGGCAGGACAGGACAAAACAAAAACGUCAUCCUGUGCUCAUCUCUGCCUCUAAUCCCUGUUAGCGCAAAUAUUCCUGAACUGCAUGGUGGACUUCAAAAAAAUCUAGGUUUUCCAGGUAUUUUUCAGUUUUUUUUGACUUCACAAAAACUUUAAUCGAUAUAGAUAGUAUAUUCGGAAUUAGCACAUUAGACUGUGUUGAAUAAUAUAUAUUAUAACACUUUCGAAGGAAAAAAUUUUCUUGAAAAAGUGAAAGCAAGGGUCUCUGCAAGUAGUUUUUGUCGAAAAACGUUUUGCCCCAAAAUAUUUUCUUUUUCUUAAAUAUGCUUUUCCGCGCCACUUCUAAGCAUUCCUGAGUGAACAGGUCGGUUUUCAUACAAGAAAUUUAUGUCCGCCUGCUAUGCGACAGAUACACGCUGUGCCAUUCCCCAUAGCCAUGAAGCAGCUUUUCUAAGCAUUUUGUAGAAAAAAACCACAGGUGCUCUUAUAUUUUCAUGGCUCACUGGGUCAUUUCCAUCAAGUUGCGGCUUUCACAAUUUGCAUAGCUUUAUAAGACCCCUGGCAAUAUUAAAAGACGAGGAUGCACAAGAACGCGGUUCGGUCUCUUUUUUAUUUUUGAAGAUCCUAUCUCAAUGAAUCCUAGAUAGAAUCAAGGGCCAUGAGUCUGUGAUAAUUUUUAUGCUGGACUCGAUGGAUUUUGACUGAAUUAUAGAUGUUUACAGAACCUCUCUUCAGGACAUACUAAAUGGGUACUUGGACAUUGAUACUAGCCAGCUAUAUGAGCAUUCGCUCGAUAGAAAGUCAAUAAAUAUGAAGAGUGAUUCAAAAUUAUUCUGAUAGCCCUAUGUUGAGGCAACAUAUUCAUAAUAGAACUAUUGAUUUAAGAUAAAAUUGUUCAGUCGAUUAGAUCGUGUUCGAAUCUUCUAUUACUUGCAUGUUGAGUUUGAAAUACCCAUAUGUAUUCUAUUUAUCUUUUAAAUAGUGUGUUAAUGAAAUUUUCUCUGCGCUUUGUUCACUGCAUAUUCGAUCCAGUUUUUCAAGCGUUAUAAAAUAAGCCACUAUUCACAGUGUUAAAAAAUGGAGCGCAUGAAAAAAUCCUAAGUCGACUAUUCUUAAGAUUUAAUUUUCAAAGUUUUCGACUAGUAAUUAACAGUUUUCAACCAGAACAAUACUCAUUUCACUUUAAAGAUAUAUUAUAUUUUGAAUCAGUAGGAAAAAGUGAGUCUACUUAUGUGUGUUUCUAAAUUUUUCUGCGAGUUUGUCUUCUAAUCAAAUUGGCACCCCGAACGUCCUCAGAAAUAUGUGAAAAAAAUAAAAUUAAUCAAAAUAGCUCACCCAUGUUGGCAAUUUUCCAUCAAAAUUGACACUUCGAACAGUUUGCCUUUUGUCUCUUACAAACUUUUUCAUAAUUUUUUUAUUAAAUUAAUUCUUUCUUGAGAAGUCAAUUACUAUUCAAAAAGCCGAUUUGAAUAUACCAGAGUAUCUUGUUUCAGAUGACGUCAAACGUUUUGAUACUAGCUCAGUCUUCUAACAGAUGAGUAUUUUUGUAAGACGAUCUUUAAUAAAUAAUAAAACUCGAAAAGUUGGUAAGAACAGUCGAUGUGACUGAUACACGCGGCAUGAGCACACUCACAUUGAUAAGACAACGCCAUUUCAGCUGAAGCCUAACAUUUUUCUAAGAGUUUCAACAUAUUCAUGGAGUAGGAUAGAAAAUAAGUCAAGGAAAAGCACUGUGUUUAUGCAACUGUUAUCCUUUGUCAACCGUUGGUAUUCAAGUGGUUUGCACUACAUGGUUGUUUGCAGUUUACUCAUACAUCUUUUUCUGGUUGAAUAGCAUUUCACAAGUGUAGAACAGCCAUUCUGUUGUCGCAAGGAAUUCUUAAUUAAAUUUAUUUUUCCGCAUAUUUCUGAGGACGCUCAGAGCGUCAAUUUGAUCAGAAAAGAAACCAGCAGAAAAAUUUAGAAACACACAUAAGUACUCAGGAAGAUGAUUACAGUUGCCGAAACUCCCUAAAACAGUAACGUAUAAUGUCGUAUUAUAUAGUCUACGCUCGCAAUUAGUCGUAAAUCAGCGUUUUGGUAGUGACCGUAUUAUGGCUGUUGUUUUAGCGUAUUGUAUACAAUUAGUAACGGCCGUAAAAGGCCUGAAACUCAAGUAUCCGAUAGUUUAUGCUCAUUUACAAUACGAUGAAAUACGAUUGUAAUACUGUUGCUACCAAAUGGACGAAAUACGAUAAAAAACGGCCAUUUACUAUCGGUCUUGUUUAAGGGGACCCCCCUUUCCUGAGCCAUAAAGAUUUUUUUUUCGUGUAAAGGUGUAUCAAGAUCCCCUCUAUGUGUGCUAUAAAAAUCAGAACCAUCAAAGGUCGGGAAGUCCCUGAAAAACCAGGUUUUUUGGAGACCUAUGCAUUAAAAAAAAAAUUUUUUUUUUUUAACAUAAAGUCAAGGGGGAAAGUGCUGGCACCCAGCACCCUGGCACCUCAGCACCUGCACAGCACCUUGGCACCUUUUCAGCACCUGCUCAGCACCUUGACACCUUUUCAGCACCUCAGCACCUUUCCAGCACCUCAACACCUACUCAGCACCUGCUCAGCACUUGUGGGCUCUGUGAAGGUUAGAAAGUUAGAACAUAAAUAUUAAUUGAGAAGUUGCUUAGAAAUAGGGUAACACUAUUCAGAUUCGGUUUUGUGGAACUCACGUAUAUUUUCGAAGAAAAUAGUGAGUGUAAGUUUUAAGUUCAAGGUUUUGUGGCUCCCCCCUCUCCUUACAGACAGGUUCCCAUUACAGACCAUAGCAACGGAAGAGAAGAUUACAGACGGCUACUUCUCAUUUGCGAUCAUAAGUCAAAUAAAAUUUUCAAAUAUUAUUAAAACUUUAAACUCCCGUCAACAUUAAAGUUAAGAAAUUAAACUAUUUGUUUUUCCAAAACUACAAAAGUUGAUUAAUUUAAAUUUCAAGUUUUGAUUGAUAAAUACUCAUAUUUAACAAUUUUCACCUUCAAGUUCGAAUCGCAAAAAGUUUAGGAAGAUGUAGAGUUCGCUCUUGUUUUCUAUGCAAUUUCUAUAUUUUAGUUUAUGAAGAUGUAGA